UAGCCCUGGUCACUCUAGCCCGUUCCGUUUCUGGCCUAUUCACCACAUCCACGCACACAACUACAACCGCAGCAUAACGCGUCGUCGUGUCGUUGGUGUCUACGUCACGUCGCUUCGAAUAUGUUUUAAUUUCCUGCAACUGCAAGGCUUCACAAUCGACACAGAAUGCUCCCUCAAUUGCAUAACAGCAGCAUUUAUGCAUGAGUGUGUGUGUGUGUGAGACCGAAACACACCACACCACGCAGCCAGGCCAACUAGAGACGGCAGUAGCAACAACAGGGGCAUCGGCUGCAUCGACCGGGAGCCACGCCACGCGGUUUUUCAAAUCACUGUAAAAUUUGCUGCAUUUAGCAGAUACCAAUAAUCCUUGGAUAUUAGUACAAAUACAGUGAAAUUGAGAGGCUAUAGGCUAUAGGCUAUAUCGGACAGGCCGCAUCAACCGCUAGAAUGUUUCGCUGCAGACUAUCGAUAGAUACUCGAUAGUCUCGACCAUCGCCACCAACAACAGUAUUCAUUCGAACAAUUUUACAUAACUACAACGCAGUCAUCGUCGUACGACUCGAGUGAUAGAGUGAUAUGGCCGUGUUCCUGAUCAACGUCUGUAAAUAUAGUGGCUGCGGCAUCACAUUUCCAAGCUUAAGCGAUCUAAUAUCACACAUCGAGGACACCCAUAUAGACUAUGAUCCUAAGGUGGUCGAACAGAAGGAGCAGGCCCAGCCUGCCUGCCUGCCCCUGAGCUACGUCCUGCGCUUCGUCACGGAGGACAAUCGCAAGGAGGCCGCCACUUUCCUGGCCAACAACACCGCCCCACCUGCCACCAAUAGCGGCAGCAAUUCCGGCAGCCACGGCAGUGGCAAUGUGGAGCUCAAGCGAAAGCUGGCCAUCAAGCACCACAGCUACAGCAUGUCGUCGUCCAAUCGCAGCACCACGCCCACAGGCAGUGAAAUGGACGAGGAUGAAAUGGUUGUCACGGAGUCCGAGGACAGCAAUGAUUCCUGGACCACCGAGGAGUUUAGCUCCGAGUUUAUCAUGCGCUAUGGCAGCAGGCAUUCCGGUGGCGGAAGCAAUGGCACGCCUGGCAAUGAGAAACCCUUCGCCUGCCCUGUGCCCGGAUGCAAAAAGCGCUACAAAAACGUCAACGGCAUCAAGUACCAUUCGAAGAAUGGCCACAAAAAGGACGGAAGAGUGCGAAAGGGCUACAAAUGCCACUGCGGGAAAAGCUACAAAACGGCGCAGGGCCUGAAAAACCAUGCCCUUCACACCCACAAUGCGCAGCCCGAGAGCGUUCUGACCACCCAGCAGGUGGCCAAUGCUGCGGCUGCCGCCGCAUCUUCUUCCGUGAGUGGUGGCAGCACCAACAGCAGCUCCAAUCCCACUCCGCCCGCCAUCCAGCGCAGCAACUCUCCAUCGCAGUCGCUUGGCUCGCUGAGCCCGUCGAGCAUUAGCAACAUGUCGAGCAGCGCCAGCAGCUGUCAUGGAGGCAGCAGUCUGUCCAACAACAACAACAACAACAACGGCACCAGCAGCAGCAGCCAGAACACUGCCAUCGUUGGGGGUGGCAAUAUGCUGCAGCAGCUCAGCACUGGGAACGUGGUCACCCUGACCAAUCUUCCAUCUCAGCAGCAGCAGCAACAGCAACACCAGCCGCAUCCACAGCAGCAGCAGCAGCAUCAGAACCACCACCAGAAUGGCGGCACAGCAACAGAAACCUCUUACUCCUGCUCUUCAUACAACCACAAAAGCACCAACAGCAACCACCUCCACACGACCAGCGAAGGCCCCAAGCCCAGUGUCAGUGCCAGUGCCGCUAUGGUUAUUGCCGCAACCACUGCCGCCAAGAGGCCCACAGCAGCCGCUUCCUUCAGGCCAUCGACAGCCCCCAGCAGCGACACCACUUACUCCAGCUCUUCAUACAACCACAAGAGCACCAACAGCAACCACCUCCACACGACCAGCGAAGGCCCCAAGCCCAGUGCCAGUGCCGCUAUGGUUAUUGCCGCUGCCACUGCCGCCAAGAGGCCCACAGCAGCCGCUUCUCUCAGGCCAUCGGCAGCCCCCAGCAGCGCCACCUCCAGCCGGAGCAGUAGCAGCAGUGGAAGUGGAAGCAGGAGUGGGAUGACGCCCAUGCAGAUCUCGCCCACCUUUAUUGAGCACAAGUAUUCGUCAAUAGACAUCAAAGAGAAGUUCUUGUCCACCCUGCGAGCGGCCACGGCCGACAGCGUUGCCUCGUCGGCCUCGGCGUCGGCGUCUCCCAAGGCGCCCGAUGUGGCGGCACCUGUGGGAGCAGGCGGUGGCCUGCGGGGCGUUGCUGUGGGCCAAAUGUGCGCGCUGCAGAACGAGCACAUACAUCAAAAUCUCUUCAAGAAAACCAUAAAUUGAGAUGCUGGAGUGCGGAGAGCGGAGGGCGGGACUAAGCUGAGCGCCGCGUAGAGUUGGCUGUGAUGAAGUAGUAACUAAAAACUGACUAACAAACCGAACCGAACCGAAUGGAACGAAUGGCAGAGCAAGAGGAUUCGUCAAUGAGGUCGAUGAGGAAGUUGAGGUGGAGGACCAAGACAUGGAGGAUGCAGAAGUAGAGAUAGAGGGAGAGUGAGAGAAAUUAUUAUGAAUGCUGCACCGCAAACAAAAUCAUAAGAAAACGUUUCCACUUGGCAAAGAAAACAAAAAGGAAAGAGCCCACAAAUACGAGAGUAUCUUUAAAACGAAAGAAAAUUCCAUGCUUUUCGCAGAUAAACACACACACACAAAUUACACUAAUCUCAAAAAUAUUAACAAGGAAAUUGUACAUAAAAUUGGCCACCUAAGAAAUGCUUCUUCUAAACUGCAUUAGAAAAUUCUUACAAAAAAGUUCUUACAACAAAGAAAAGAAAAAAAAAAUUGAGAAUUGUACACACAAAAUUUAGAAAAUACAUUUGAAGAUCCUUCUUCAACUAGUCAUUAUUGUAGUUAAAUUAAUUCUUUGAUUUCAUGCAUGCAUCAAGAACCUAAAAACACGACAAAAAACAACAAAAAAAAAACAAUGCGCACCAACUGUCUGGGAAAAAGAAUCCUCUGAACUACAUGAAGGAAUAGAUCUAAGAGGAGGGCCAGAGCGUGAGAGUGUUGGCCCAUACCAUCUAGUUUUACCAAUUGGCUAACGAAUACCGUCGCUUACUAGGAAAAUUCCACAUCGCGAAGCCUUGAACUUGCCAAGAUCCUUGUGACUCUUUGUGCGAGCCAAUGGAACGAUUCAAGAUGGAGAAUGUCGAAUAUUUCAAACAGAAAUUAGUUAGCUACAAAUUUAGGGGAACCCAACGAGCCCACGAGCCACCACGCGUCUGGUGAUGGCAACCGUUUCCGCUUAGGAGCCACAAUAACUCUACAGUAGUUAUAGUAUUAUAAUUAUAGAUAACGCUAUGGAUUCUUAUACGAUUAUAUAUAUAUGUGUGUGUGUGUGUAAAGAUUGUAGAUGUAUACCUAAUUUAUAAAUUAUAAUUGUAGCUUUUUGUGAGUGCGUUUCCGUGCAUGUAUUGUAAUUGUAAUUGUAAUUCUUGUAUAGCUAUAGAUUUUGAACGUCCCUACAAUAGAUCUACGAUAUAUACGAUUAUAUAACGAUAUAUGUGUGUGCGCGUGAAAUAUAUGUAUAUUGUAACGUCGAUUUGAUGUGAAUUAUUUCAUUGUCAAGCGGCGGAGGAGGAGGAGAAGAAGUAUUGCAUGCAUGCCGCAAAAAUUCAAUCGAACUUCCUAGCCUGUGCAUCGGGCAUCCCUAAGAACUCAAAACAGAUCAAAAAAAAAAA